AACAUAGCUCGCUUGGUUCCAGUUUCGCAGCUUGUUAGUGAGAGUAAGACGGCUGAGGCAAUGGUACCUCUAUUUAGUUGCAAGAAAGAAAAAUUACGCAUCGCAGCCACACUAGCAGCAGCUGAGACUUGUGAUGACAGUGAAAUCGAUAUGCUAGUUGAUGCCGAAGGAGUUAUUUCGUCUAUACUCAAAUAUCUGAAUGAGUCAACACAAUGCUACAAUUAUUAUUAUACAUUAACUGAACUGUUGGGUGGUAUCGAUAAGUUAGCCUGCGCUGAUUCAAAUAAGAAGAAGAUAUUAGAAGCUGGUGCUUUACCAUUAUUCGAGGCCAUUUUAAACCUCGAUAAACCAGAAGUACAAGCCUUGACAGCAAGAGUUUUGUGGACUAUGACUUUUGAUGAUGACGUUGCUACACAUGUAAAAUCAUCAAAAACUUUGUUAGCCAGAUUAGAGAUGUUAUCGAAAUCUUCAGACAAAGCAGUAAAAAAUAACGUCACGGGACUUUUAUACAAUAUUGAGCGAAUAUCAAAGAAAGAAAAGAAAGAUAUUACAAAUAAACCAACACAACAAAAAGGCAAGCACUUAUUUAUAAGCUAUUCGUGGCAUGAAAAAGAGAUUGUUCUAAAACUGAAAGGCCUAUUACAGGAAAAGGGGAUACAAAUAUGGAUAGAUACAGAAAAAAUGAGAGGGUCAACUUUAGAAGCCAUGGCACAUGCUGUAGAGAAUGCCGCACUUGUACUUAUUUGUAUGUCAGAGAGUUAUAAACGAAGCCCCAAUUGUCGCUUAGAAGCAGAGAACACAUUUAGAUGUGGUAAGGAGUAUAUCCCGCUCAUUGUUCAAAAACAUUAUAAACCGGAUAGCUGGUUAGGGGCUCUGUUAGGAGCAAAGCUCUAUAUAGACUUCAGUGGAAAAUACCAAUUCGAACCAAAAUGGAAUGAGCUAGUCAAAGAACUUCAAGCCUUUAAGAUGUUAACAGAAGGAGAGGAUACAGUUGACUCAUCAGAAGUUGCACUACCUGAAUCAACUUCAUCAUCAACGAUUCCAAAGACAUUCACAAUUGAUGACGUUAAACAAUGGCUGAUCUCAAAACAAUUAGAAAAUUGUUGUCAACAUUUUGGAGACGUAAAUGGUAAAGGGCUUUUACAAAUGAAGAGUAUGCGACAUGAUGCACCAGAGUUUUAUUUUAAAACACUUAGCAGAAAGCUCAAACUCAGUCUUGGUGAAAUACUAAAUUUUUCUGCAGCUCUAGAAGAAUUGUAAGACGUGGUGCUUACAUUGCUCUACAUAACCCCCGAACUUGGUGAAAUAACCAACCUUAUUGCAGCCCUUCACAAAUAAAAUGACGGAAUGUCUAAAAUGAUCCAGAACAUUCAGCCUUCAUGAAGUACAUUACUCUAGUUUUGCACCUUUUCAACAAAUAUAAAAAAAUGAUUUCAAAAGUGAACCAGAAUCAGAUCAAUUUUUAUUUCCAGUUUUUUUUCUGUUUUUCAAAAAAUAAUAAAAAAAAUAAUAAAAAAUAAACAAUUCUGCUUAUAAUGAAUAAUUGACUAAAUGUGCAUUAUUUUGUUGUUCAAUAGGUUUUAUCUCGCUCAUAUGAUUAUGGAAUAUAUUAUAUUUACAUUUGCUCACAUAUAUGACCAAAAAGAUGAUAGCAGCAUCGCAAUGUGAAAUAUCCAUUUCUACGUAGCAACAUUCUUGCAGUACCAGCCAUGCAUAUGGAGUACACAUAUUCUAGUUGCUACGAUAUUACAGAGCAUUUCAUAUCAUGCAUUAAGUGUACUUGAUAGAGGCUUGAAGUAUAGAUUACGGGUACUGACGUUGUUUAUCAUCUUAAUA